AUGGAAGAGCCCAGCGAAUCUGUUCUUGGAGAUCCCCAUCUCUUAAGUGCUCUCAACAAGCUUGUGGAAGGUGCUGCUGAGCUAAAACAACUCAUCGAGAAGUCCAACAAUAAAGCUAGCCGUAAUGUUGACGGAUCUUACAAUGGACUUGGCGUUGGCGUGGUCCAAAAUGGACAUGGCAACCAGCCAACAGCACUGACCACCCUUCGACUUGGACCUGCAGACCCUGUACCCGACUGGCUGCAGAGGGAGUUCAUAAAGAAGGCACCGUGCAUGAAAAGACUACAAGAGUUGAAAGGCGCAUUCAGGGGACAUAUGUUCAGUUUGCAAGCCAUAUUCUUACAUGGUAUACAUGAACAUCAGCCGACGGGCAAGCGCAAAUACUAUCAUGGAGAUGGUUCAGACCAGUGGCUCGAGCGAUACAAGAAGUUCUCGGAGAAGAUCUUCAGAGCUUGGCCUCCAGCCUUUGGAGAUGUGGAUGGGGCGGAAGAAAUUUUUAAAUGGGGUGGAGAUUUCAUCGAAAGUAAAACCACCGUACUUGUGACUACUGAUCUGUCUGGGGUGAGUAACAGAGUUAGCUUCUGGGUGGCCUCUGAUGAGCUUGAGCCUUGUAAAGAGAGAAAUGCCCUAAGACCGCCCUCGCUGAUGUAUAUCCUUAAAUUAUAG